AUUUCCACGUGACAGCUAACAUUUCCUUGUAGAGCACAUUUUUCUGUACAUUUUGGCUAUGGUCUCGGUUUUGCUAACAGAUCAUUAGCUGCAUGAGCAGUAUUUAAAGUCGCUGUUUCGAACAUGUGCUUAGCGACAGAAACAGCGACUUCCGGAAACUCGUAGGUUUUCACGAACUGCCGUCCGUACGCGGCUGCCCUGUCGCAUAGCGUCAAUCGAAUGAUCCGUAAAUGUUGAAUAUUGAUCCACUCUGCGAUUCUGGGGGAUUUGACAGACACACUGGUCACGCCCCCUCUUAAUCUUUUAUUAUAAAGGAUAUCUAUAGAUGAAAAUUUAGUACAAUUUAUCGACAUACGUCUACCAGAUUUUAUCUUUGGUUUCGUAUGGAUCCGUUGGAGAAAUUAAGGGUUGCUUCCGAUAAAUGGAUGUAAUGUCAUCAUUAACGGGACUGCGACGAGAUGGAAGAAAGCCGGAAGAAGUGCGCGAUAUCUUAUGCCAAUUUGGUUGUGCAGAAGGAGCCGAUGGGUCCGUGUUGUAUCAAUUGGGCAACACGAAAAUUCUGGCCACGGUAGUGGGUCCAGCAGAUGCGGGGGAAAACGAUGAUGAAGAAGGGGACUUGGAGCUCCUCGAGGAACCUUCCGGAUUAGACUGCCAUUUCAAGCUGUCGUCCUUUAGUCAAUCGGACCGCAAAAGUGGCAAAGGCGAUGAUCCGCGGUCGGAAGAAUAUGCUGAAUACAUGGAAAUGUGCUACAAGAUGAUUAUGUUUCCCCAUAAGACAGCAGAGUCUGUCGUGAAGGUUACCUGUCAAGUUCUGCAAACAGAUGGGAGUCAUUUAGCCGCGGCACUCACGGCAGGAACGUUGGCGCUUAUUGACGCGGGCAUUCCCAUCAAGGAUAUUAUUGUGGCCUGCUCCGCUACGAUAACGGAUGGAAAACCUAUCGUGGAUAUUGCCAGCCACGAAGAAUCCCACAAGCUGCCACAGUUGACUGUGGCCGCUAUUCCUCGGACACGGGAAGUGGUCGUGUUGGACACCAAGAAUCGAUUUCAUAAAGAUCUGUUUAAUCCGUUAUUGAAUGCAGCUUUGGACGGUUGCCAAAAAGUCUUUGAAGACGUGGAAAAAAUUGUGCGAGAACACGUGAAGCAGUCAGAUCCUCUGCUGAUUUGAAUAAAUGCAUAACUUGGUGAUGAAUUUGUCUGCGCAUUGCCGCUGUGAUAAUUUUUUGUCGUUUUCCCUCGUGCGCAAUCAUGAAUGAAAGUUUGGAAGGAAUGACGACUUUCAGCAUCAUUUUGUUGAUCGGAUUUUGAAUAGUCUGAUAUUCUAGCUGCAUUUUAUUGAAAACUAAAAGGUGUAUCCGUCUAGGAAAACCCCCGCAUUAGCUAACGUCAAGCCAAAAUUGAAGGUUUAUGACGGUUAUGUUGGUUUGUGUUGAAUUCUACGAAAUAAAUCUGU